AUGGGUGAUACAGGUGAUACUGGAGCAUCGGGACCCAGAGGUCCUCCGGGUCCUCUUGGUCAAACAGGCUCUAUUGGCCCAUUUGGAUCUCCAGGUGUUAUUGGACCAACGGGUGCAACCGGUCCAAUUGGUGACACCGGGGACAGAGGGCAGAAUGGAUCUUCAGGUCAACCUGGUCAACAAGGACCUUCAGGGCCUCCAGGAUCAACAGGUAAUACUGGUUUGGUAGGUCAGCCAGGUUUUCCAGGGCAAGAUGGUUUACCUGGUUCUCCUGGUCAGCCGGGCUCACAAGGUCAACCAGGACGUCAAGGACCUCAAGGUAAUUCAGGCAAUACGGGAGAAACUGGAAACACUGGACAGACGGGAGCGGUAGGUCAACAGGGGCCUCAGGGAGAUACUGGUUCAUCAGGCUCC